ACCUACAUUUAAUUAUCAUUUAUCAGAGUUAUUGAGUGAUUGAUUUUGGAAACAUAAAAAAAACAAAUUGCGUUUUAAAGUGUUUUGUGUUUGUACUAAUUAUUACUAUUAUAUUGUUGAGUGUUGAGUUCGAGUACUGUGUAGGGUACCAAGGUUCGAAUGUUGUACUGAACUAGAUCAUUCAAUAUUUUUCUCUAAACUAUUUUUAAUUCAAUUAUAUUUUGUAUUACUUACUGUAAUGACCAUUAGUGAAGAUUUAUUAAAAUCCAAAUUAACAGUUGCAUUAGACGCAUCAUACGUGAAUGGUAAAUGAAGUGCUAGCUGAAGAAUUAAAAGAAAUACACGCGUUCUCACAGAAAACAUUGACAACAGAACAAUGGAAUAAUUUAAAUAAAGUUUAAUUGAUUUUUGAAUUAUAAAUGAAGAUCUAGUAUUACAUUUUGUUAAGACUUAACAUUUUAACUUAUUCUAUAAAACAUGAGUUCUAAUAUACAGUUUGAAGUAACAGCACCUGGAAAAAUAAUCCUUUUUGGUGAACAUAGUGUUGUGUAUGGGAAACCAGCAAUUGCGUGUGCUAUUGAUCAACAUACUACUUUAACAUUUACUGAAAGUUAUUGUAAUAACCAAGAUUUGAAUACUAUACCAUGUCGCAUUAUUUUGCCACUCAUAAAUUAUUCAGGAAUGUUGACAAUUCAUUUGGAUGCAAAACCGACAUUUUCACCUACCACAUAUUUUCAAGAAACUUUAAACAAAUUAAACAAAAAUGAACCAUUUCUCAAUGAACUAGAUACAUUAUCUGGUAAUGAAAAAAAAACACUUACUGUCUUACAUUUUAUUUUUGGAGGUAUUUUGUCGUGCUAUAUGAAACAAUUGAAAAAUGUUUCAUUCACUAUUGGAAUCACAUCUGUAUUGAAGUUGGGCGCUGGAACUGGUAGUUCUGCAUCUUAUUGUGUUUCUCUAGUAGCAGCUUGUUUGGCCUAUGUAAAGUUCAAAAUCAAUUCUAAUGUAGAAAUACAAUUUGAUCCAUUGUUGGAUGAUUUCCAUUCACAAAGUGGUGACAACCUGCUAAUUAUCGAGGCAUUUACUGACAACAUAACAUUCAGUGACGGGGAAAAAUGUUUGAUAAAUAGAUGGGCUUUGUUAGCAGAAAAUUUUAUUCAUACUAAAGCUUCAGGAUUAGAUAAUACUAUUUGCACAUACGGAACAAUGGUUCAGUACACAAAACUUAACAGCCAUAAAUUAUUAGAAGCUCCUGAAUUAAAAAUUCUUUUGAUAUAUUCAGGUGUCGAAAGAUCUACUGGAAAUGUGGUGCAGAGUGUACGCACAAAAUACAAUGAUGACACUUAUCAACCAAUUCUCGAUGCUAUUUUUAAUUCUAUAGGACAAAUUGUAAAUUCAGCAGUUAAUGCAAUUGAUCAAAUGGUUCAAAACCCACUACAAGAACUUCAACAAAUAAGUGUUUUGCAAACUCUCAUGGAUAUGAAUCAAGGGUUGCUGAUGUCAUUAGGUGUAUCGCAUGAAACAUUAGAUGCUAUUGUGGCAAUAUUAAAAAAGUUUGACCUUCAUGCAAAGUUAACUGGUGCAGGAAUGGGAGGAUAUGCUAUAUGCCUUGUUCCUCCAAAUAUUCAUAAAUCUAAAAUACAAACAUGUAUGCAAGAAUUAAAAAUUUAUGGUUUUGAAUCUAAUAUCUGUACAAUUGGUUGUCCUGGAGUUAGAAUACAAACUAAAUAGAUUAAGAAAAAUUGUCUUCAAUUAUAUACAGUAUACACCAUAUGCGCAAUUUAGUCUAUAAACAAUUUAUAAUGUUCUAGUAAAAAUUUAAUUAUAAUAUUAUAAGAAAUAAUAAAAAAAUGUUUUCAAUUUAAAAUAUUCAAUUUUACAUGCAUGAAACAGUUUAUAUUUUGAAAAUAUUUUUUAAAAAAGUAGUGUAUUUGUAGUGUAGCAUUAAACCUAAAGGUAAAAUAAAUAAGUUCAAUAAUUUAUAA